AUAAAGAGAUCAAAGAGCACUAUUCUCAGAAAAUUAAGCCCGCUAUUUCGGUUUCUUGAUGGAAAAGUACUACGACAGAGAAGAAAAGGGUUAUCAAGAAUUACAUUUCUGGGGUCAAAAUGGCAAGCAGGCCUGCCGCUGCAGCAUCAAGCCAGUGGCUGGAGGGCAUUCGAAAGUGGUACUACAAUGCUGCAGGGUUCAACAGACUGAGGUUGAUGCGAGAUGAUACCAUACGUGAGAACAAUGAUGUGAAAGAAGAUGUAAGAAGGCUUCCUGAAAACCUUUAUAAUGACAGGAUGUUUCGCAUUAAGAAGGCACUGGAACUGACCAUGAGGCAUCAGAUCUUGCCUAAAGAGCAAUGGACAAAAUAUGAGGAGGAUAAAUUCUACCUUGAACCAUAUCUGAAAGAAGUUAUUCGGGAAAGGAAAGAGAGAGAAGAAUGGGCAAAGAAGUAAUCAUGGAGUUGAAAACUGUAUUGCAUCU